CGGGCCUGCAAAAACACGGGCCGUGGGAAGCCACCCUAACACGGGUCUAACCUGUUUUAAGAUACUGCUGAAAUUUCUGCGCUGCUGUUCUUUAUGUAGCUGAUUGACACAGCCUAUGACAUUUGAAUAAACAAAUAUAACCUCAACCCUCAACGUUACUCGUAGUGUAUUCUCCUUUUUGUUGUAUAAUUAUGAGUAAUUAUUUAAUUCCAGUGAAAUAUGCAAAUAGUAUAAACGAUGUCGUGAAGCAAACUUUUCAACGCAUGCAACGAGUCAAGCUGACCUGUUUUGAUGUGUCAAAUAAGUACAUAGCUUUUGGAGCUAGCAGCGGAGGAGUUUAUAUUUUUCAAAAGAAACCAUGUAUUUUUUCAAAGUUUAUUCCAAGUAAUGAAGGAUCUGCAACAUUAAUUUCAAUAUCUCCAGAUGAAAACCAUUUAGCAGUUGCAACUUCCAUUGGAUUAAUUUUAGUUAUAGAUUCAUUUAUUACCUAUUCAGAUAUUCAACAUAAAGUGUAUAGGGAGCAUGAAAACUACAAAAUAACAUGUUUAAAGUGGCAUGGAAAUGAUCUUUAUAGCGGAGAUGCUAAUGGUAAAAUAGCAGUUUUGUCUAUAGCAAACGCAGUGAAGAAAGUAAUUUUCCAGCUGCCAUCAGCCUCUCUAAUGCUUCUGGAUAGUUCUAUUGUUCAGAUAGAUACAUACCUGAAUUUUUUACUUGUGUCAACUGAAACUCGGUCAUAUGUAUGUGAUGUGGAAAGGGAACAUUAUAAGCCCAUAGGAAGAAAGCUUCGAAAUGGGUGUUAUGGGGCAUGUUUCAUAGGUCCCAAAAGCAAUUUGAAUCAGUAUGAAUUUGGUGAAAAGGUCAGAGGAACUUUUAAAACAAUUGAUGAUAAUGAAACCUUAUCAAUAAAUAAAAAUAAUGACUGCAUAAUAUAUUGUGCUAGACCAGGUGUAAGACUAUGGCAGGCUAACUUUCAAGGAACUGUUGAAGUGACAUAUCAGCUAAAGGGCUGCCUAGAAGGAAAGCCAAGAGAUAUUCUCCAAAUAGAUAAUGAUGUUGAAGCGAGACUAGUUAAAGAUGUUGUGAGCGGUAAACAAACAGUGCCUAAUAAUUUUAAUCUUCAAAAAAUUUUCUCUUUUGGGGAAAAAUACAUUGUAACACAUUUUUUAAAUGGUUUGUAUGUGUUGGAUCCAGCACUAAAUCAGUUGGUUCUAUUGAUGUAUUUUGGUAAUGAUGUGAGAGAUGUUGUUGUUAACAACUUAUCAGUUUAUAUUUGGGAACAAAAUUUACAACUCACUGUGAUUUCUAUGACUCAUUUAGAAAAUUUAGUGCUAAGUACUUUAUAUAAAAAACAAUAUUACCUCUGUGCUGAAAUAUGUGUCAAUUAUUUGAAAGAUAUUUUGGAACUUAUUGAAAAUUCAAAAAAAUUAUACUUAAUUUCUAUACUUAAAAGUAAAAUUAAGGAUGAUGUUCUCCUUAGAGACUUGGAUUCAAUUUUCAUAGCUUUGAACGAUAAGAACCAGAAAGAAGAGAAAUUACAAAAUCCAACCAUUUAUGAUUACAGUGUGGAAACAGAUUCAAACAUUGAAAUAGAAGAAUUUGAGGUAACUCCAGAUAAAAACACUAACAAUUUGAAUAUAAUUUUAAAGCAAUAUAUGGUUAGUAAGAAUUACAAUAACUUAGAAAUUCCUGACUAUGUGUCAUUGCUUAACAAUUUAACAUUGGAUGAUAUUUUAGCUUUAUUUAGGGAAUUUAUAGAGUAUCAUUACAAUGAAAAUGCCAUUCUGUGGUGCGGAAAUCAGUUUCUAAAUCAAGUAUCAAGCAAGAAUACCGAUUUAAAAAAAAUUGGAGUGGAAUGUCUCAAUUACUUAAUUGACUCUUUAUUUAGAGAAAACAAAGAUCUAAGUUAUUCUUGCUGUUGUGGUUUUCCAUUACCAAAAUGCCAUAACUUUACUCCCAAGUAUUAUGGCAUAUGCAAGGAUAUGCUGAAUGUGCUAGAUAACAUUGAAUUGCUUAUGAAGAACAUUCCAUAUAUGUUGAAACAUACUAUCCAUACGGAAAAUGGAAUCAAUAUACCUCUUAUUACGCAAUUUAGUGAUUUGGAAUUGUUUCAAAAACAUCUGAUUUGUUUUACUUAUGACACUUGGGACGCAGUAAUUUCUCUCUUUAUAAAAUUGAAUCAGGGAUUGUGUUUAAACUGCGAUAAGAACAUCGAAGUUGAGGGAAUAUUUUCUUGGACUGAAUUAGGAUUGACAAUAAUACAAUCAAUAGGAACUAACAAUACACUGAAAAUAUUCACAAGAUACUCUCAGUCUAUACCAAAUGGAGCUCUAGAAAUGAAGUUUUACCAAGCCUGUAUAUUUGUGUCUAGUUUUGACACUAAAACUACAGGACCCAUUACAAGAAGAGCAAUCAACCUUCUAAAUGGACUUAAUAAAAAGUCAUACAAAAAGCUUCAAACUUCAUUAGAGAGGCAUUUAAACAAAAAAUAUAUGGGAAAUGAUGCACUGUUUAUUACAAACAGCAGUUUUGAACAUGUGUGUCAAUAUUGCCAACUUCCUUUAAAAAAUGCUAUACUUUCCAAUAAGAGUGAGGAGAGUGAUAAUAGAUGCCAUACACUUUGUUUCAAAGCAAAUUGAUGGCAUCUGUAGUCACUGCA